AUGGGUCGCCGUGGCCAUCCGAUGUCGCCGCCGGAGGCUCAGGUGGCUCCGGUCUCCGUUCUCCGAUUUCUCGGCACUCUUUCCAGCAUUUCACCAACUUCUCCGACCACCCGGACUACUCCAUCCGCUCGUUUCAGUCCGGGAAGACCACGCGGGGUGCAGGGCAGAUCGAAGAAGCCGCGUUUUCCCGGUGAGCGCUCCAAUCAGCGUUUCGGCGAGGACAGCUGGUUCGUCAGCUCCACGCCCCUGGCCGAGGUGCUGGGCGUGGCCGAUGGCGUGGGCGGCUGGCGGGAUAUGGGCGUGGACGCGGGUUGCUUUGCCAAGGAGCUGAUGUCCUGCUGUUCUAGCCAGACUCAACUUUCGGGCUUCGAUGGACGCAAUCCCCGGGAUUUGCUCAUUGCCGGCUAUCAGGAGUUAAGUGGCAGGGUGCAUCCGGUGUUGGGGAGUAGUACAGCCUGCCUGGCCACCAUGCACCGCAGGGAUUGCACCCUGUACACCGCCAAUCUGGGCGACAGUGGCUUCAUGGUGGUGCGAAAUGGUCGUGUGUUGCACCGCUCGCAGGAACAAACACACGAUUUCAAUACCCCCUAUCAGCUGACUGUGGCGCCAAAGGAUCAGCGGGACUACGUUUAUUCUGAUAAGCCCGAAAUGGCCGUCUCUUCGAGAUACUCCCUGCAGCCCGGUGACCUGGUGCUCCUGGCCACGGAUGGACUGUUCGACAACAUGCCCGAGAGCAUGCUGCUCACGAUUCUAAACGGCCUAAAGGAGCGAGGGGAACAGGAUCUCCAGGCGGGCGCCAGUCAAGUGGUGAACAAGGCCCGGGAAUUGUCCCUGAAUGCCAGUUUUCAAUCUCCUUUUGCCAUCAAAGCGAGGGAGCACAAUGUUCCCUAUUCUGGCGGCGGGAAGCCCGAUGACAUCACCCUAAUCUUGGCCAGCGUCGAGGUGCCAAGUGCCUAGCCAACUGAGAGUCAGUCUGUCGCCAGCAGGCGUCUUCGGCAAAUAUUGUUCUUCGUCUAUCAGCAGUCGGUGAUAAAAAACCGAAAUAUACUUUGUUUAUACAUUUCUAGGCCUUAAAUUAUACAGGAGCAGGCAUAUUUUUAGAAAUCUCUAGGGGCAUAGCAAGUGUAUAUCACUUUCGCAGCCUUCUGGAAAUCUGUUUUGAAUACAAAAUC